GAAUUGUCAUUGGCGACCAUAGGUACCCGGGUAUCUAUAGAUGCAAAGUGCUAAUAAGUAGAUAAGUUAAUUAAAGUUAGCUUGAGUUUACCACAACAAAUAAAUCGAACGUCCGCUUGAGUUUACCACAGCAAAUAAAUUGAACGCCUGACUGUCCUUAUUACUUUUUUACCUUUAGUCUUUAGAACUAAAAUCUUGCUGAGCUCAGCAGGGUCUGAAAAGUUUUAAUUUCACAAUAUUAUUUAAAUUCUCUCACUAGUCAAAUUAAAAUCACCAGAGACUCGGAGAAAACUAUGCAACAAACAAAAAAUAAUGGCAAUGAUGGUCCAUGGUAAGUGUUGUAGCUACUUUAACUUUUAAGACAUGAUUAUAAUUAUAAGAAAUUGUUGCAUUUAAAUUAAAAGAAUCAUUUUUGCUUUACUGAUAUAGUGCAGUUGAUGUGAGCCGAUUCUUCUUCUUCUAUAGUCUAUAUUUAUACUUUCCUUUCUUAUUUUUGUUAUAGUAGCCUAAAAUUGAAAAUAAUUUUUUUUUCAAUUUCUAGCCAUCAGCGUUAUAAACUUCAAGAGCAUAUUAUAAUAUUAAUAAACAAAAAAUUUAUUAUUUUUAGAUUUCUGACUUUGGAGUUUGUGAUGUGGGGAAAGAUCUAUGAUUAAAAAUGCAAUUUUUAUAGAGUUAGUUCAGUAAAGAGUUUACAAAUGAUGGCCAAUAGACAAUGUGAUAGUAAUAGUUAAAUAGGCUAAAUAUAUUUUGUUUAUUAUUAUUAUUUUAUAAUGAUGGGAUGGGAAAUACUUAUGGUUAUGCAUCAUAGAAUAGAAUCAUAGAUAGGCAUAAGUUUCAUCUGUUUCAUCAUUUGGUAUUUUCUACUAUGGAAGAAGCCUCCACAUUCAUUCUAUACUACAGAAGAAAUGCGUUGAAUGACAAUAAUAAUAAUGAAUAAUGACAUAUUAGUAUUUGAAUAAUGGUUUGAAUAAUUUAUUAAUUUCCUUAUUUAAGAUCUGUGAAUGUAUAUUUUACUUGAUUUUUUAAACGAUAAAACUUUGAUAUUUAGAAAAUAAAUAAGUCAUACACUUUUUUUUAAUAAUCCAUUAUAAUUAUAGAGUAAUAAAGGACUACUAUUAAGUGAAUUAACAUGGGAAAGACAUGGCCGUCAUGGCCAAGUAAAACAAUAGUUAUUAAUAAAAGAAAAGCAGUAAAUUAAGUAAAGGAGUUAAUUAAGUUAUUGGUGUGAAAUUUCUUAGUUACAUUUAUUACUAUGUAUCUACUUAUUGUUAAGUAUUGUUAUAGUUCGUAUUAUAUAGUUUUUUUUAUUAUUUUAUAUGAAUAUGCAAUGAAAGUUUAACAGAUAUUUCUUAUUCUUUCUUUCCAAAAAAUCAUUUUAAAAAAAUUAUAUAUAUUUAAAAUUAUUAUUAAUUAUACUACAGUAGAACCCGGUUAUGUCGACGUCCUCAGGGUUUUCCAAAAAGCGUAGAGAUAACCGAUGAUUGAGAUAACCGAAAACCAAUAUGGCGGCAAUAUAUUAAUAUGUAUGAUGUGCUUGAAAUUUCACAUGCUGUGUGUUUAUAAAUGCAGAUACUUCAGUAAAAAAAUAUAUAUAUUGAAAAAAAAAUAUUAGAGUUAUUAAGAGCAAAUUUAAAAAAUGAAACCAGAAAAUGAAACUUUUUAACUUGAGUACUUUUUGAGCUACGAGCUACAAAUUUUUAAAGUGCGAGUUCGUUUGGUAUUUUCUACUAUGGAAGAAGCCUCAACAUUUUGUGACCUCAUUCUGCUGAUCGUGUCUUGCGCAAUGACUAUAUGGUUUAUAUCGCACAACGUAUCCCCUUAUUGCUAAAAUACUAUUUAGGGACUACUUAUUUUGAACUUUCAACUUUGGCACAUGACUAUUUAAUUAAACCUUUCCCUGACCAAUGGUUUAAUAGCUUUUGCACACGGCAAACUCUUAUGAAUGAAACUCUGAAAUAGACCAUGGCUUAUUAUUUAAAUUACUUCUAGGUUCAUUCUAAAACACAAGUCCUGUAUUUUUAUAAAUAAAUAAUUAUUUUUAAUUAUAUAAAACUUGUUUUUUUGUUGUUUGCUAUUUUUUCUAGUGGAGUUCAAAAGCCGGCAAUUGGUCAUGGGGAUCAAGAUAGCCGAGGUUAAGUGGCAAAUAUGGCCGUCUUUUGUGCUCGUGAUAUCAGAGUUCGGCGACAUAAAAGAAUCGAGAUAACCGAGGAGAAAAUGCUAAGAGAAAGAGAGAAUUUGGGGGUUCCACUUCAAAACACGGUUGGCAAGUUAACCGAGGUUGGGAUAAGCGGUUUCUACUGUAUGUACAGAUUUGGAUGACAUUUGGUUAUAUAUAUCAAAAAAAUCAUGCUUCAUCCCCAAAGACUCGAAGCGUGGUACAAAGUCAACCAUAUUAAAAGAGAGAUGAAACAAUCUAUUUUUUACCACAUUGAAACACAAAGCGCAACACUACAAAAACUACAAACAAGCAUACCCUUUGAAAGUAUUUCAUCCCUUGCAACCAUAAACAACACAUGCCAAUACACAUCUAGGAGAUAACAGCUAGCUGGAAAAGAUGGUAGACAACAUCACGCCAGCAGGUGUUUGCGAAACAGAUGUGUUUUCAAAUCGGUUUUGAAGGAUUUCAGUGUCUGGCUGUUUCUGAGAGCGACAGGAAGGGUGUUCUAAAUUGAUGGGCCAGCAAAUGCGAAAGUGCGCCUUUUGUAAGUCUCAUGGCGAACACGCGGUAUCGAGUGUUUCCCACUAUCAGAUAGGGGAGUUGUCUAGUUGACAUAAGGCGUCAUGAGUGCUUUGAGAUAGGACAGCACCAGGUCAUGCAAGCAGCGGUAGCACAGAGUUGGAAUUUUGUACUCUAUGCGUGCAUGGACGGGCAGCCAAUGCCGCUCCUUCAGAAGUGUUUUAGCAUGGUCGAAUUUGCCUUUGCGAAGAACAAUGCGAGCCGCAUUAUUCUGUGCUUUUUUAAUUUUAUCCAGGAGCAUAGCUGGAAGACCCACCAUGAGAGCAUUGCAGUAGUCCAUGCGUGAUAGCACGAAUGCAGACAUCAGCUUCUUUGAUGCAUCGAACGUUAAGAAAGGUCUGAUAUGACUAAUUCUGCGCAGCUCUAGAAAAAUCGCCUUGCAAAGCAUGUUUAUGUGAUUUUCCAUAGUUAGUGUUCUAAGUACACACCCUGGUUUCACACUGUUAGUGCAAACUCAGUCUGCACACCUGAGAGAGUAAGGGAUGGUGUGUUAUUUACAGAUUUUAGCUUUUGAGCAGUAGCAAUGGGGAUCAGCUCGGUCUUUUCAUCGUUCAAAUUGAGUUUGUUAAGGAGAUCCAAUGUUGAAAAUGCAUCUAAGAAAAAUAUAUUAAUUCUGUACAAGAACUUACUCUUUUAGAGAUUUUUAAAAAUACAUUGACUAUUUUUUGAUUUUUAAAUGAAUAAAGUAGCCUACAUGUAUUUUUUUAAUUGAAUUUUUUUAGAACUUAUAGAGCAUCAUGGGGGAUGUCACUGUGGGACCAUAAGGUUCAAAGUCCUUGCUCCACAGCAUUUGGAUGUUUUUGAAUGCAAGUAUGGUUCAAAUUUUCAUUGGAAUAUUUAAAUGGUAUUAAUUUACUUUAUUUUUUAUUGUGUGUUCAUGCGCUGUUACUGCAAUACAUUUAAAGUAAUGUUUGUUCUUUAUCAAGAAAAUACUAUUUUGGCUAAUACUUAAAAAGAUAUCUUACUUCCAUUAAUUCCAAUCUUUUUGCUUAAGUUAAUAAGCAAAUUGGAAUAAAAACAGAUAAAACAUACACCACACACAACAGAUAUCACACAUAAAUUUCAGCUCUAAGUCCACAAAGAUUGAUGUUGCUUAUUUUGUAAACAUUUUAUUCACAGUUGCAGCAUCUGUAUCAAGAAACAGAACUUUCAUUUUAUUGUGCCUAAAGCAAAUUUUCAACUCCUUCAAGUGGGUUUUAAUUAUUUUAAACUUAGCUUUAGUAAGCUAUGCCGAAAAAAGUAGUGAGUAAUCAUUGAUUUUGAUGUUCAAUAGCAGCAUUUGUGGUGUAUGCAUGCUGAAUAAAAAUUGAGAAUCUGGACCUCAUAAGAGAAACAUACAUUUAACUGGCAAUAACUAUAGAAAAUUUAGCACUGAGAUUGUGCUCCACCUUAAUCUUUUUUUGUUGUAAAACAUAUCUUUUAGUACAUAGAAAUAUAAUUGUUUUUACUUUCACCUGGUAUGUAAACAUUUUUUUUUCUGGAUCUGCCAUUGAUGAAGAAACACAUGACAUUGAGUAAAUGGUUUUGUGCUUCUUCAUCAAUAGCAGAUCCAGAGACUAAAAGCUAUAUUUUAAUAUCAGUGUUUUAAAAUACAUGACAUUAAGUAAAUGGUUUUGUCUUUUAUAAUAAAUUUGUUGACAGGGAUCAGACAACAUAACAACCUACACUUUUAAUACCAAGCAAGCCAAGCAUACCUUUUGUAAAACAUGUGGUGUGCAGAGUUUUUAUACACCAAGAUCUAACCAAGAUGGCAUUGGUAAUUAAUUCAUUUCAUUUCAAGUUGAAUAAAUUUGUUUUGGACUUUUAACACUAUCGUUGUUGUAAAUGACAUUGGUUUCAUUUUUAGAUAUACUGGUAUCUUAAUAAUCAGCAAAUGAAACUGUCUUGUUUUUUUUCUUUUUCAGGUGUUAUGCCCCACUGCCUUGACCCCGGGACUAUUUUAUCUGUCAACACUAAGAAGUAUGAUGGGCAGAAUUGGGAGGAAUCAUACCAACAGUCUGAUAUAACCAAGUACUCUCUCAACCGAUUUGAUGAAUGAAGGGGAUCCAUGACAGUGGAUAUAAAUUUACAUUAGCUGUUUUCAGAUUGGAUGCAUGAAAUGUGUAAACAUUAGGUAAGAUUUAAAUUUAAUCCAAAUAUAUUGUGGAAAAAAAACAAAUAAAAAUUGAUUUUUGUUUUUGGCGUUUUUUUCCACAUUGUGCAAAAUAAUAAAACAACUUUAGGUCAUAAAAUAGCAACAUGUUAUUUAAAAACAAAACAAAAGAAUGCCAUGAAAAUCUGCACAACACAAAGCAAUGUCAUAAAAAUGUGCCCAAGAAAAAAAUAAUGGCCUAAGUAUUUACAAACUCAAAAUUCCAAUAAAUCCAAAAAAAUGUCUCAUUAAUAAUAUAUUCGCAACAAAUUUAUUUUGUAAAGACAGAAACUUUAUAUAUAUAUUUAUAUAUAUAUAUUCAGGGGCAAAAACGGACACAGGGAUUGUUUGAUCUUACAUCAUCAUUUCAAAAGAUAGUUUUUGGCAGCUAAUGUAUGAGUUUUAUUUGUUUAUUCACUAGCUCUAUUCCAGCUUUCACAAAGCCACUAGUUAUUCACUAGCUCUUGUACUGUUCCCACCAAAUCCACUAGAUAUUCACUGGUUCUUGUACUGUUCUCACCAAAGCCACUAGUUAUUCACUGGCUCUAUUCCAGAUUUCACAAAGCCACUAGUUAUUUACUGGCUCUGUUCCAGUUUUCACAAAGUCACUGGUUAUUUACUGGCUCUGUUCCAGUUUUCACAAAGCCACUAGUUAUUUACUGGCUCUAUUCCAGUUUUCACAAAGCCACUAGUUAUUUACUGGCUCUAUUCCAGUUUUCACAAAGCCACUAGUUAUUUACUGGCUCUAUUCCAGUUUUCGCACAGCCACUAGUUAUUUACUGGCUCUAUUCCAGUUUUCACAAAGCCACUUGUUAUUCACUGGCUCUUGUAUUGUCCCCACCAAAUCCACUGGUUAUUCAACGGCUGUAAUACUACUAAUACUGUUCCCAUCAAAGCCAUAUAACAAAUUGUAAAGAACAAUUUAAUAUUACUUUUGUACUUGGGGUUAUUUUUAAAAAAAUCGAUGUUGAGCCUUGUAGAAUGUUUAAAAG